AGCUGCGUGCUAUGGGCUGAGCUGACUGAUGUCCGGGCAGGUCAGCUCUGCGAGAGUAGAGGAGGAAGAUCACCGAGGAGGGGAGAACAAGCAGAGAAGUUGAUUUUUAAACGACCUUGUGAUUUUGACAUAUUUGUUUCUGCAAGUAAGUUGUUGGAAACAGUAAUCCUAACGAUGGGGAACCGGGUCGCCCGUGAGGACUACGAAUGGGUGUAUACGGACCAGCCGCAUGCCGACAGGAGAAAAGAGAUCCUGGCCAAAUAUCCAGAAAUCAAGUCGUUGAUGGGUCCUGACCGGAGGCUGAAAUGGAUUGUGUGCAUGAUGGUGGCGAUACAAUUUUUAGCUUUCUACCUGGUUAAAGACUUGGACUGGAAAUGGGUUUUGUUUUGGACCUAUGCCUUCGGCAGCUGUAUCAACCACUCAAUGACCCUUGCCAUUCAUGAGAUCUCCCACAACACGGCCUUUGGAAACAACAAGGCCAUGUGGAACCGCUACUUUGCCAUGUUUGCCAAUCUGCCCAUUGGCCUACCCUAUUCUGCCUCCUUCAAACGUUAUCACCUGGACCAUCAUCGGUACCUGGGUGGAGAUGGUGUAGAUGUAGACAUCCCCACUGAGUUUGAAGGCUGGUUUUUCUGCACACGCUUCCGUAAAUUCAUCUGGAUUAUUCUUCAGCCGCUGUUCUACGCCAUCCGGCCCCUCUGCAUCAACCCCAAACCCAUCACUCAGCUGGAGGUGACCAACGUGGCCUUCCAGCUCACCUUUGACAUCCUGCUUUACUGGCUCUGGGGGGCCAAGCCUGUGGUCUACAUGCUGGCUGGCUCCAUGCUGGGGAUGGGCUUGCACCCCAUCUCAGGUCACUUCAUAGCUGAGCAUUACAUGUUCCUCAAGGGCCAUGAGACCUACUCCUACUAUGGCUCCCUCAACCUGCUCACUUUUAAUGUAGGCUACCACAAUGAGCACCAUGACUUCCCCAGCAUCCCAGGACGCAGGCUGCCCAUGGUGAAGAAGAUAGCAGCAGAGUAUUAUGAUGACCUGCCUCAGUACACAUCAUGGGUGAAGGUCCUGUAUGACUUCAUCAUGGACGAUACACUGAGCCCAUACUCUCGAAUCAAGCGGAAGCUGAAGGGAGAUGUCAAACAGGAGUAACCUCACUGAAAGCUUCUUUGGAACAAAGCUGCAGUGUUCACCAUGACAGCGGCCUGGCUCACCAUCCUAUAAACUAAACAGCUUCUGCAGAUUAAUACAUUCAACAUGUGAAACAAUUGUGUACACGAGUCUUGGAGUGUGCUUUCCUCUACAGGAAGAGAAGAUCGUUUCAGAUAUUUGGUAUCCAUGUCUGAAGAACCAAGACAAGUGGUGUGAGUGUGAGAAAAAUCGGGUUUGUAGUUUGUUUGUGUGAUUAUAAACUGUGCCUGGGACUGGCUGCACAAAGACCUUGGCUUGGAUCAAACAAACAGUACAACUUAAGAUAGACCUCUAAAUUGCCACAUAUUCUGAAGUUCAGUGCCAUGAAAUUGGAUUCAGACAUUUACAUCCCCCACAGGUUGAAUUAUAAUCACUUUGGUGAUCUCUUCAAUUCUUCGAUUUAAACUAGCCCCAAAAAUGUCCACUGAAGGUGACUGUGUUGUGCUCAGGCUCUUUUAUGUCAGUUGGAGAUGAUCCAUCAGCUGUGCUAAUGUAAAGUGUGUGUGAGUGCUCUUUACAUUCACUGUCUCUGGAGGCCACAAAGUGUCUGUUACCACUAAUCAGUAAUGAGGAAAACACCAAAUGUUAGUAAGGCAGCAAAAUUCACUUUAAUAACCAUGAAACUAAUGUGUCAGUGGAUUCACUGAGAUGUGGGGUUGACUGUCCCUUGUGCUCAUGACUGUCAUUGAAAUAAAAAAAAGUUUUGCCAAGGUGUUAACUGGAUCCUAAAAACUCUGUUCCUUCUCAUUACUCACUGCAUACCAGUAGGAAACCAGCUGUCAACAGCUGCAUUGGACCAGUAAGAACAAAACCUAAUUAUAGCCUAAUUAUAGAGCAGUCUUUGUGCAACCAGCACCAAAAAUCAUUAAGAUCGCUACACAGAGUGCAAACCAUGUCAAAGGUGAUGUGUGUUGAAGCUUCAGAUACCUAGACACCUUCCUCCCAUUUGGGACUUGCAAUUGUUCAUUGUCAUCAGUGUGCGUGUGUGGGUGCUUGUUGAAGUGGACCAAAGUUGAGCUCACUCACAUCCCCCUUAUAAACUGAUUUGUUGGAAUAUUUUGCUGUCAUGUCUGUUUGAUAUCACAUAUAUUGAGUUUAUGGCGAGGCUUGCAUUGGUUGCUUGAAUGGUAAAUGUAGAGGUUUGCCUUUUCUGACCCAUGACCCUUUUUUUCAACUGCUUUGCUUUUUAACAUGCAACACCUAAAUGUACCAUAAAAUUAUACAACCUGUUGACAUGUUUUUGAUACAGUCUCAGAGUCAAACAGAUUGUAUCAGUUCCAGUGCCUCUGAACUUUGUUUUCAAUUCUACCUUUAUUUAAAUUUUAGAAAUGUAUUCACUUUGAUCAGAAACUGUAUGCAAAGGAGUGAAAAGUGUAUGUUAAAAUAAUUCAACUUUAUUGUUUUGCUUUCUCACUCCCUCCAGCUUUAGGUUGUAGAGGCAGGGCUGUAGCUGCACCUGAAGUCAUGUCCUCUGUGUUUUAUGUUUGAAAUGAGAUUUAGCAGCCUGGAACCUGAUUACAUAUGGUUGCUGUUGAAUUGGCUGAUUCCAUUAUUUUUAUAUUCAGUAUAGUUAACUGUGACUACUUCAAAGCCAUUAAAAUAAAUGAAUGAAUCAAAAUUUCCCAUUAAGAAUGUUAUUCUCAGCAGUGCAUAGAAGGCUCUGAUCAGCAUUUAGAUCAGAGGCCUCAAACGAAUUACCCAGGGGCACUUGAAGACUGCGAAUAAAAACAGUGAAGUGUUGACCAGUGGUCCAUAUCUCUUGAGACUCAAAGUUAUACCCUCUGUGAGGUUUAAAGAGACCAUAUGGCAUCAUGCAGCGGCAAUAAAUGAGGCCUACCAAUCAAAAGACAUUGUCACGCUGUGACGUGAGCCGUUUCCUGAUGUGGACUCUCAGAUACAUUUCUAUUCACAUGUAUACAUGUACAUUAAACACAUCACCGUUGA